AUGGAUCUCAAGGAUCUUGCACCCGUUGCAGGCGCCGCCAUUGCAGGCGUUACUGCUGCUGCCGCAUACAUCGACGCCAAAUAUCACAUCUCCAAAGAUAUCGCAGGAAUUCGCGGUCAAAAAGCCGCAGCGCGUGGAAUAGAGAAGAACUCUCGAGGCAAGGGCCAAUCUCUCUGGUACCAAUUCGAAAGCCAAGUUCGCCGUCUCCCCUCGAACGAAGAGUGCAUCUGGUCUCGUAACGGAUGCUACACCUGGGCCGAAACCUACGCGAACGCCUGUCGCUAUGGCCAAUACCUCCACCAGCAUGGCGUCGUGCCCGGACAGCUCUUCGCCAUGUACAUGAUGAACCGACCCGAGUUUCUGUUUGCUCAUUUGGGCAGCUGGAGUAUAGGAAGUGCCCCGGCAUGGAUCAACUACAACUUGGCGGGUGAUUCGCUGUUUCACUGCUUGAAAGUAAGCGGUGCCAAGGUGAUACUUGUCGACGAAGACCAAGAGUGCAGGCAAAGGAUAGAAGAUAUCCGCCAAAAGUUGGAGGAAGAGCUCGGCAUGACUAUCUUGAUUCUGGACAACAAUCUAAAGGGCGAGAUUUCGAGGUCGGAGCCCAAGAGGCCAGAAGACUCCCUUCGAGUAGGCGCGAAGGGCAAAUUCCCUCUCUUCAUUUUCUACACGAGUGGAACGACUGGACACCCAAAAGCCUGCCCAUUCCCCACGGAAAGAGCGGCCGGUUUGACAGGUCGUGUAGGUGCCAUGGGUCUGAAGCCAGGACCUAAUGGUGAUCGAUGGUAUGUCUGCAUGCCUCUUUACCACGGUACCGGAGGUACCACCGCACUCGUGUGCAUGAUUACUGGUCUUACCUGCUGCAUCGGCACCAAGUUCUCCACAUCAAGAUUCUGGACCGACGUACGUGACUCCAAGUCUACCGCCAUCGUGUACGUUGGAGAGACGGCCCGUUACCUCCUCAACGCCCCUCCAAGUGAUAUGGACAAAAAGCACAAUGUCCGAGCCAUGUUUGGAAACGGUCUUCGCCCAGAUGUAUGGCAACGUUUCGUCGAUCGUUUCGGCAUUGAAAUUGUCGGCGAGUUCUUCAACAGCACAGAAGGUGUUAUGGCGCUCUUCAAUGGUUCUCGCGGACCCUUUACAGCCACUUCAGUCGGACACCAAGGUCUCAUUGACCGCUGGCGAUUCCACAACACCUAUGUCCCUGUCGAGGUCGAUAUGGUCACUGGUGAUCUCCUCCGUGACCCCAAGACUGGCUUCUGUAAACGCAAGUCGUAUGAGGAGGGCAGCGAGAUUCUUGUUCAGUUGCCCACCGAGGACGCCUUUGUUGGCUACUGGAACAACCCCGAAGCCACCGAGAAGCGCUUCGAACGUAACGUCUUCAAGAAGGGUGAUCUCUGGUACCGCACAGGUGACGCCCUUCGUCGUGAUGCCGACGGUCGAUGGUUCUUCAUGGACCGUCUUGGUGACACUUUCCGCUGGAAAUCCGAAAACGUCAGCACAGCCGAAGUCAGUGAAGUCCUUGGAUCCUUCCCCGGUAUCCAAGAAGCGAACGUUUAUGGUGUCGAAGUACCAGGCUACGACGGACGAGCAGGCUGUGCGGCCAUCCUCAUUGACCCUGCACAACGCGAUUCGUUUGACUUCAACGCACUACUUGCCCACGCGAGCGCAAAGUUGCCCAAAUACGCAGUCCCUGUCUUUUUGAGGGUACAAAAGCAGCAAACUACCAUGCACAACAACAAGCAAAACAAGGUCCCAUUGAGGAACGAUGGAAUUGACCUAAGGAAAUUGAUGGAGAGGGCAGACAAGGAGGCCAAGGAGCAGGGCAAAGACCAAGCUGAAUACGACACCCUCUACUGGAAUCCAACUUUACUCGGAGCUACCAAGGGCAAGGGUGCUGAAGGCGGUUAUGUCGUGUAUACCAUGGCUGAUUGGGAUACGCUGCAGGCAAACAAGGACCAGGGCGCAAAACUAUAG